AUGGCGUGGCCCUGUGCAAAAGAUCCGCCCAAGUCUCCAAUGCCUCGGUGCGUCAGCCGUGCUGCCAACCGCGCCAACCCGUCGACAUUCCCGGUGGCUAUCGGUCCGCGGAGUGCUCGACCCGGGAUGGUGAGUCCAGAACCAACGGGGCCAACAACUCCAACCGGCCUUGGCGGCCGCGGCACAUCCAAUUCUAGCAAUAACUCGUCGUCGGUGUACGGCAGAGCCCCCGUGGUCCCAGCUAGGACCGGCGACUCCGGGUCGGGCCGUUGGAGCCCCACCAAAUCCCCAACCCAAGGCGCCUCGAGCCCCCCGGCCCCCGUCAGCAGCUGGAGUAGGAGGGAACACGAAGGCGCCACGUCGCCGGCUUGGAACAUUGCCCAGUACGGAUACAUGGGUGGCGCAAGCCAAGGGAACCUAGGGAUUGCGUUUGGUGGCCGUCGGCAGAUCACUAGUGCCGGUCCCCACGUCCCCAGCCUCGCCGAGAAGGAGAAGAAGAGGAAGGAACAAGAAGCCGAGGCUGAGAGGCAACGCCAAGAGGAGGAGCGCCGACGGCAGGCCGAGAUCGAGGUUGAAGAGGAACGCGCCCGACUGGAAGAGGAACGGCGGUGGGAGGAGGAGACCCGCCGCGCCCGGGAGCAAGAACAGAAGCGGCUGGAAGAGGAAAAAAGGAGGUGGGCCGAGGAAGAACGCCAGUGGAAACUGACCCAGGAGAAGAGGCGCAGGGAGGAAGAGGAGGCCGAGGCCCGGCUCAAACAGGAGCGUCAAAACGCACGUAAGAGCAACCCCCAGCUGCGCGGACAAUUCCUCAGCCAGUACCAAGCCGAAGACGAGACGCCGGAACAAGCGCGCAUCAGGCAGCUUGAGCAACAACUCGAGUUGGCGCGCCAACGCGAGGCCAACUACGAGAGAGAACGCCAGGGACGCUCUCUCCGGCCUGGCACCAGCGAUGGCAAGAAAGCCCGUUCUCGUUCGCGAAGCCGAGCAGCGCAGCCAGUCUCUAGGCAAGACUCGUGGAGCGUACGCGACGAGCGGAACUUUAUCGCCAGCCAGUGGACGCAACACCAACAGCAGCUAGAACAGCACGACGAGGAACCCGAUGGCGCGGCAAUGUCGCCGCCACCCCUUGCGUCGCCGCGGCCGCUGUCCAAUCCCGCCGCUCUGUCGCCACCUCCCAUGGUUAAGACCCAUCGGAUAGGUGAGGCGCCGGCCCUUCUCAUCCGGACCCAUCACACGGGUUCGCGCUCCGCUACCUGA